GCUGCAUUGACUGGUCAGUGGAUCUCAAGACAUACAUGGCUUUGGCAGGUGAACCAGUCCGAGUGAAAUGUGCCCUUUUCUACAGUUAUAUUCGUACCAACUAUAGCACGGCCCAGAGCACUGGGCUCAGGCUUAUGUGGUACAAAAACAAAGGUGAUUUGGAAGAGCCCAUCAUCUUUUCAGAGGUCAGGAUGAGCAAAGAGGAAGACUCAAUAUGGUUUCACUCAGCUGAGGCACAAGACAGUGGAUUCUACACUUGUGUUUUAAGAAACUCAACAUAUUGCAUGAAGGUGUCAAUGUCCUUGACUGUUGCAGAGAAUGAAUCAGGCCUGUGCUACAACAGCAGGAUCCGCUAUUUAGAAAAAUCUGAAGUCACUAAAAGAAAGGAGAUCUCCUGUCCAGACAUGGAUGACUUUAAAAAGUCCGAUCAGGAGCCUGAUGUUGUGUGGUAUAAGGAAUGCAAGCCAAAAAUGUGGAGAAGCAUAAUAAUACAGAAAGGAAAUGCUCUUCUGAUCCAAGAAGUUCAAGAAGAAGAUGGAGGAAAUUACACAUGUGAACUUAAAUAUGAAGGAAAACUUGUAAGACGAACAACUGAAUUGAAAGUUACAGCUUUACUCACAGACAAGCCUCCCAAGCCAUUGUUCCCCAUGGAGAAUCAGCCAAGUGUUAUAGAUGUCCAGCUGGGUAAGCCUCUGAACAUCCCCUGCAAAGCAUUCUUCGGAUUCAGUGGAGAGUCUGGGCCAAUGAUCUACUGGAUGAAAGGAGAAAAGUUUAUUGAAGAACUGGCAGGUCACAUUAGAGAAGGUGAAAUAAGGCUUCUCAAAGAGCAUCUUGGAGAAAAAGAAGUUGAAUUGGCACUCAUCUUUGACUCAGUUGUGGAAGCUGACCUGGCGAAUUAUACCUGCCAUGUUGAAAACCGAAAUGGACGGAAACAUGCCAGUGUUUUGCUGCGUAAAAAGGAUUUAAUCUACAAAAUUGAGCUUGCAGGGGGCCUGGGAGCAAUCUUCCUCCUCCUUGUACUGCUGGUGGUCAUUUACAAAUGCUACAACAUUGAAUUGAUGCUCUUCUACAGGCAGCACUUUGGAGCUGAUGAAACUAAUGAUGACAACAAGGAAUAUGAUGCCUAUCUCUCUUACACAAAAGUGGACCAAGAUACUUUAGACUGUGACAAUCCUGAAGAAGAGCAGUUUGCUCUUGAAGUACUGCCAGAUGUCCUGGAAAAACACUAUGGAUAUAAACUCUUCAUCCCAGAAAGAGACCUGAUUCCAAGUGGAACAUACAUGGAAGAUCUCACAAGAUAUGUUGAACAAAGCAGAAGACUUAUUAUCGUGCUAACUCCAGACUAUAUUCUCAGACGGGGAUGGAGUAUUUUCGAACUGGAAAGCAGACUCCAUAACAUGCUAGUCAGUGGAGAAAUCAAAGUGAUUUUGAUUGAGUGUACAGAAUUAAAAGGGAAAGUGAAUUGCCAGGAAGUGGAAUCACUAAAGCGUAGCAUCAAACUUCUGUCCCUGAUCAAGUGGAAGGGACCCAAAAGCAGCAAAUUAAAUUCUAAGUUUUGGAAGCACUUAGUAUAUGAAAUGCCCAUCAAGAAAAAAGAAAUGCUACCUCGGUGCCAUGUUCUGGACUCCGCAGAACAAGGACUUUUUGGAGAACUCCAGCCUACACCCUCUAUUGCCAUGACCAGUACUUCAGCCACUCUGGUGUCAUCUCAAGCUGAUCUCCCUGAAUUCCACCCUUCAGAUUCAGUGCAAAUGAGGCACUGUUGCAGAGGUUAUAAACAUGAGAUACCAGCCACGACCUUGCCAGUACCUUCCUUAGGCAACCACCAUACUUAUUGUAACCUGCCUCUGACGCUACUCAACGGACAGCUACCCCUUAAUAACACCCUGAAAGAUACCCAGGAAUUUCAUAGGAACAGUUCUUUGCUGCCUUUAUCCUCCAAAGAGCUUAGCUUUACCAGUGAUAUUUGGUAGUGAAAAAUCUGAAUUCCUCUGAACAGCUAGAUAAGCAUAGAGAAUUUCUGCUAUACCAAGCAUAAAGUACACCUAAUAACGUUGUGUUAAAAAAGUGUUUGAAGAAAAAGGUACAAAAAUGGCUUUUAUACUUAAAUAUUUUUGUUUACAUUUCCAGAAUAGUGGGGGGAAAGAAGGACCUGCUUUUGUAGUAUGGCACCUUGUUCCAAUGUACAGUUUUGAUUUCUUCCUGAAAACAAAAAUUUUAAAAUCCUGUUGUCUUAGAGUAGCUUUUAUGAUAGCACAUGGACUGCAUGCUUAGUAGGUGAGCUGUCUUGCCCAUAUUUAAAAAGAUUUCAGUAUUCACAUGGUAUUUGAAAUAAAGAAAAUUUAAACAGUUUAAUUGAAUUUGAAAAUUCUGAACCAAGUUUAAGGGGAAAAAUGACUUCUAUAGAGUUCUGAAAACUCAGGAAUUAUCAAGAAAGAAAUGUUGAUGCACUCCAGUUAGAAGACUGUUUGUAGAGGAAGAUCAGUUGAGAAAAAAUGAGAACUUCUUCAACAUAAUGGACACUUUCUGUAGACUAAAUCAACAGCUCAUAAUAACAGCUUUUAGUUUUAUUAGAGAAUCACAUCUUCUGUAGGCAAACUGGUAGAUAGGUAAACAAUAUGCAUUUCUUACGCAAAUGAAUAGACAGGCUGUGAGUUCUUUUAGGAUGAUUUUGAACAGCCCUUGUGGCUUUCUAAUUCCAAAAGUUUUACAACUUUGAAAACACAUUUUGAAGUACACAUUUCAUUGUUUGCUAACAAAUUCACAUUUGGAAUUUUUCCUUGACCUGCUAUAAGUAUUAUAUGAAGAUAUGGACAUCGUCCUGCUUUUUUUCAACAUCGUUGACAUUUGAAUUUAAAUACAUAGACUGCAAGUGUCAGCAAUUGGAAAGAAGUACUGCAACAAUAUUCGCAGAUGAAGUGCUAAAUGAUUUAUGUUUACUAGUGGUAGAGCAGCAAUUGCACAGUUUCUCAUCGGCAAUGUAGUUAUAAAACAGACUAUUCUGUAUAUAUAGUAUAUGGCCAUCUGUGCAAGGCUCCUGCACAAGUAUGUCUACUCCUGGUGCUUCGAAGAGUAUAUAUUUGAUAGGCUAAACUUCUCCAUCAUCACAUAGUGACUGUGACUGUACCAUGCCAGAAAAUCCUUGUAAAUAAUCUAAGUAAGUAUUGCCUUUUUGCUGUAAGGAAUGUGCUCCUAUUCUAGUAUUUAUUAUGGAUUACUACUUUAUGUUCUUUCCAAUUAAUCAAAUUAGAUGUGCUCUCCACC